CCUUGAUAUAUUUCAUCACACCCUUUCAUUCACUCUCUCUCUCUCUCUCUCUCUCAAUUUCUCUGUUGUCUACAAUGGCGGAGAAAGUGCUCCUGCUUUGCAUUUUCUCCGCACUCUGUUUCACUCUCGUUCUCUCCCGAAGCUUGCCAGUGGAUUCCAAAGCUACACUCCUUGAUGUCUCAGCUUCGAUCCAGAAAACUACAGGUGUGUUCUCCGAUUCUGAGUCGUUGCACAAGUACUCGAGCCAACAAGAGAGCGAGUCACUUUCUUCUUCAUUCUCUUUCCAACUACAUUCCCGAUCGUCUCUUCACAGAGCUCAGCACAAGGAUUACAAGUUACUGACCUUAGCUCGACUCGAGCGUGACUCAGCCCGUGUGAAAUCGCUCCAGACCAGGUUAGAUCUGGCGAUUCGCGGCAUUACUCAGUCGGAUCUGAAACCAGUUGAUACUGUUGUGUUCGAGGCUGAGGCAUUGAAAGGACCGGUGAUUUCAGGAACGAGUCAAGGAAGCGGUGAGUACUUCUCCCGAGUCGGAAUCGGUCAUCCUCCGAGUGAUGUCUACAUGGUGCUCGACACCGGGAGUGAUGUGAACUGGGUGCAAUGCGCACCCUGCGCCGAUUGUUACCAGCAAGCCGACCCGAUCUUCGAGCCGGCUUCGUCCUCCUCCUUCUCGCCUCUCACGUGCAAUACUCAACAGUGUAAAUCGCUUGACGUGUCGGAGUGCCGGAACGGCACGUGUCUCUACGAGGUGUCUUACGGCGAUGGAUCGUACACCGUCGGCGAUUUCGUGACGGAGACGAUCACGUUCGGCGGCUCGGCUUCGGUUAACAACAUAGCUAUCGGCUGCGGACACAACAACGAAGGCCUGUUCGUUGGAGCCGCUGGCUUGAUCGGGCUGGGCGGCGGCCCGCUAUCGUUCCCUUCUCAAAUCAACGCCUCAUCGUUCUCGUAUUGCCUCGUAGAUCGUGACUCGGACUCGACGUCAACUCUCGAGUUCGACUCAGUAACUCCUCGUAACGCUGUCACCGCUCCGUUACUCCGCAACCAGAAACUCGACACGUUUUUCUAUGUCGGCUUAACGGGACUCAGUGUUGCCGGCGAGUUACUGUCACUUCCUCCGUCAACUUUUAUGUUAGCCAGUAACGGCGACGGCGGAGUUAUCGUGGACUCGGGAACGGCGGUGACUCGGUUGCAGACCGAGGCGUACAACUCUCUCCGCGACGCGUUCGUCAAAGGCACACGGAACUUACCGUCAACUAACGGUGUGGCAUUGUUCGACACGUGUUACGAUCUAUCGAAGAUGAAGAGCGUUGAGGUCCCGACGCUGUCGUUUCACUUCUCGAACGGGAAGAACUUGGCGUUACCGGCUAAGAAUUACUUGAUACCGGUUGACUCCGCCGGGACGUUUUGUUUUGCGUUCGCACCGACGUCGUCUUCGUUGUCAAUCAUCGGCAACAUACAGCAGCAGGGGACACGUGUCGGUUUCGACCUUGCCAACUCUCUUAUUGGGUUCUCGCCCAACGAGUGUUAAAAAAACAAUUUAUGGUUUUUUUGUUUUUUUAAAUUUUAGAAUGUGGAGUGGAUGGGGUAUGGGCCCACCUUGAAUAAGGGUGAGGUGUGAUGGGUUAGGGCCGCCCUUUGGGUGUGUCAGUAUUCUAAAUUUAAAAUUUAGUGUUUUUGUAAAGUAAUUAAUUGAAGGUUUUAAGGGUAGUAAUGGAAGAUAGCUGAAAAAGAUAAUUUUAGCUUUGGUUUUUGUUCAUGUGGACGUUAGAUUGUUGUAGCCAAAGGGAGGGGUGAGUCAAACGUUUGGGUCAACGUUUGUGGACACGUGGCAUGAUCAGAUGGUUUUGUGGUGGUGAUGAUGUGAAGUGUUAGGUGAUGAUUAACGGGAAAUCUGCUUUAUUCCAGGUUACUUUUCUCGGGGGGAGUGCUUGUUGGUUGGGAUUGGGAAACUCGGGAAGUGGGAAUCCGGACCCCCACCCCCACCAAAAUGCGAAAUAAUUUUGCUUUUUUAAAUGUGACUUUUAUGCUGGCAAAGUCCUGUACUUGCUUUUACUUUAAUUUAUUUUUAUAUAAUUAGCUAAGGACUUGUUGGCUUUGUUCA